AUGAGCCACUACACCCCCGACCAACUCGAACUCGUCCUUACCAACAUCGAGCGGGACACCGAGGACUGGGAGAAGACCGCCCCGCCGCUCCUCGACGAGGAAAUCGCCGACCCCGCGUGGCCCGUCUCCGCCCAAUCCACAGAGGUCGCAGCAUCCAUCUCCGCUCCGGGCGACCUCGAGCCCGAAGCCUUCGUCGCGACACACGCGGACGCGCGCGGGUGCCCGUUCGCCUUCGUCCGCGCGCUGCGGCUCUACAUGCGCGUGGUCGCGCUCAAGGUCCCUCCCAUGAUCGGGGAGGAGAAGGAGAAGAUGCUGGUUGCGCUGAGGAGGUACGAGAGGACGAUGGAGCGUGUGGUGUGGCGCGCGAUGCUGGAGCUGGAGGUGGUCGAGAGGUACCAUGUGGCGUUUUGCCGGCGGCGGCUGGGGCUGGACGGGGAGGAGGAGGGGGAGGUACGGGAGUGGGGUGCGGUGGAGGGGCAGGGAGGAGAGGCGUGGAGGAAAAUCGAUAGGGAGCUGUUGUGGGAGAAGAUACAUGAGGUCGAGGCGAAGAGGAGCGCGUAG